CUGUAUACGGGCUCAGCGCAGCUGGGACGCUAACUUCAAUACAUCCCAUGGUCUACAGCGGGAGCCAAGGUGUCCCAUUUCAGCAAGUCUGGACGAUUUCGGGCCUCCGGGAACAGCAUUGAACAUUACUAGCAAUGCUACAACUAUCCACACGCUUGCAAUUGUGGAAAGAGUGGGUUGUAGGGACUUGGAAGCGGAACAGAUGCUUGUAUGCUUCAAGGCCCUCUCAUUUGAAGAUAUUCUCAGGGUUUCUCUUGCUUAUGCCGCCAUGAACCAUCCGCCAACUAGCCUCUUUACUUUCAUCCCAUCAGUAGAUGACGAAUUUAUUCCUGAUCGUCAGUCUGAACUGAUCCGUACAGGCAGGUAUGUCAAAGGCAUGCACCAACACUUGCGCUUUCAAGCACGUAAGAAUGCUGACGAUAACAGGAAUGCUGAUGGUAUUUAUAUACAAGAAAUCGUAGGAUACAGUACGUAUUAUCUGAGGAUACCUCUUUCGCUCUUAUUAAUAAAGUCGACGAAAUUGGGAUUUUUGGGGUAUAUAGAGUGUUCGCCAACGGGCCUUUACGCCGUCUGGAGAGUUGGGCCACUCAAAGCUGACCCAUUCAUCAAUUUCAAAACCAGUCGAUUUUAAGACUAUUGGACGUUCGGGCGGGCGGCGAGACCCUGUCACCUCUGCGGGCCUAUAAUGAGGGCUAUCCAAAUCUACGUAGAUUCCGAUGAGGGUUUCCAUUUCGGGACGCUCUGAUGAACACUUCAGAACCGCAACAUGUUCAGUACUUGGCCGCCCGUAA